AUGUCACUGCUACAAGGAUUCUCUCAUUUCAAGCACUUCAAUGUCUCAUCCCCCGCCGAGUUCGUGGCUCACGUUGAGAUCAACCGGCCACAGAAACUCAACGCCUUCUUCGAGGACAUGUGGAUAGAGGUCGGCAAGAUAUUCGAUCAACUGUCCUACGACCCCAAUGUCCGAGCCAUCGUUUUGUCGGGGGCCGGCGAGCGCGCCUUUACUGCUGGACUCGACGUGCAGGCGGCUAGCGAGAGCGGGCUCACAAGUAACUCUGCAGUAGAUGGCGCAAGGAGAGCAACCGUCCAGAGGAGACAUAUCCUCGAGUUUCAAGAGUGGAUAACCAAGAUCGAGAAAUGCGAAAAACCCACAAUCGCAGUCCUGCAUGGAAUCUCCUUCGGGCUUGCAAUCGACAUGGCGUCGUGCUGCGACAUUAGAAUAUGUUCAAAGGACACAAAGCUGUCCGUAAAAGAAGUCGAUAUUGGUCUGGCUGCUGACAUCGGCACACUGAGCAGGUUGCCCAAACUCGUUGGCAGCCUAUCUUGGGUCAAAGAGCUCGCCUUGUCUGCUAGAAUCUUUGGUGCUGAGGAAGCUCUUGCUUUUGGGUUGGUGAGCCAGGUGCACGAAAACAAGGCCAAGUCUGUCGAAGCAGCGUUCAAACUAGCAUCUCUUAUUGCGAGCAAGAGCCCAGUUGCUGUCCAAGGAACAAAGGAAUUGGUCAACCACGCCAGAGACAACACCGUUGCUGACAGCCUAAGAUAUACAGCCGUGUGGAAUUCUGCCAUGCUUCAGUCAGAUGAUGUGAAGUCAGCACUGUUGUCGGGGCUCAAGAAGACGAAGCCGAGAUUCGAGAAGUUGUAG